UACAUAUACAUUGAGGUUAAGUUUAUUGGAGAGGUUAAAAGUUUAAUUAUAAAAAAAUGGUUUUUUCAGAAGAUUCCAAGCAAAGACUAUCAACUGUUAUUGAUUUAGCGAAAACAGUUUUUCAUUACGGAUUUAUUCCUACCGUUUUAUAUCUAGGUUUCAAAAAAGGAGCCGAUCCGGGUAUGCCUGAAAUUUCCGUAACAAACAUAUUUUGGUAGGAAAACAGAAGAAUUCCAUAGGUAGUGGAUUAGAAAUAAGAAAUAUAAUAUGAUGUGUACAUACUGUUUCAAAUAAAAGAUGAAAUAAAUA